CGUAGACGAACUAGCACAUUUUACCCAGAGGUGCUUGCUCCUUCUGUGUGUGCUGAGUGUUCAUGCUUUUAAUGUUACUCUGCGUAACAGAGAUGUUGUCCAGCAUUCGGUGUUAUCUUCUACCAGUUUUCAAGCUUUACCUGCUUGGUUUGAAGGUUCUUUUGGUUCAGCUGUUCGGCAGAUCUUUCAGAUUGCCAGUGAUGCCCAGACAAGAUGGCAAGGUUGCCAUAGUGACAGGAGGAGUCAGGGGAAUCGGCUAUGAGGUAGUCCGCCACAUGGUCAAGCUGGGGGCGCAUGUUUUCAUAGGUGGGAAGGAUGAGCAGGAGGGCUUGGCAGCUGUCAGAAGUAUCUGUGAAGAGCACAAAGAGGCCAAAGUUGAGUUCAGGAAACUGGACCUGGCCUCUUUGCAGUCUGUCCGUCAAUUUGUCCAGAGCUUCAAGGAGCGGGACCUGCCGCUAAACAUUCUGGUCAAUAAUGCUGGUGUCAUGCUGGUUCCUGAGGGCCGUACUGAAGAUGGAUUUGAGCAGCACUUAGGGGUGAACUACCUAGGCCACUGCCUGUUGACCUGGCUACUCCUGGACAGACUGAAGGAUUCUGGGAAAUGUGGUCACUUCUCUCGUGUGGUCAGUGUUUCCUCCUCUGCCCACCGCAUCGGCAAGAUCAGAUUAAAUGAUUUAAAUAGCUGCCAGUGGUAUUCAGCCCAUGCUGCUUAUUGUCAAAGUAAGCUGGCCCUGCUGUUAUUUAGCUCCCACCUCCACCAGGAGCUGCAGCGCGGAGGUUUCCCAGUGAGUUCGUUCGCUGUGGAUCCUGGCAUGGUGGACACUGCUCUCUACCAGUACCUCUGGACGCCUCUCCGUCUGGCACAGAGCACCAUUGCUCGUUUUCUUUUCAAGACUCCUGCAGAGGGCGCUGCCACUGUGCUGUACGCUGCUCUGUCACCAGCCUUGGAGGGGGAGUGUGAAGGAGGCUACUGGGCUAAUGGGUGCAGGGAGAUGACAACCCCAGUGACCUUUGACCCUGAGCUGCAGCUGAGCCUAUGGGAGACCAGCCUGCGGUUAGUGGGCCUGCAGUAGCUUGACACUAAAGGACAACCAGUAGGACUAAACCCUGACGAAAACAGCAGACAUAGACCCUUAACUUGGGCCCACCAGCCAGCUUCUCCUCUACUCUUAUUUCUCUGUCCAUACCUCACAUCGAGGUGUUUGUAGGGAUUUAUGUUGACAAUCACACAAUUCACUGCUGGGCUGUUAUUGGUUAUUUGGUUAUUUGGGAAGUGAAGACUUUUUUUGUUUUGUUUUGUUCCAGACCCGCCAAAGAAGGGCUACAGGGGAUGGAAGACACUUUGUGUUGUUGUUGUUUUUCACUGUGAUCAAGCAAACAUACACACAAGUACAUACACACUCUAGGGUUAAACUGAUAUAUGAUUUUGCUUUUGUGCAUACUAGGUAGUUGCUGACAUCAGCAAUGAUAUGAUGAAGUUUAUUCGCUGAUCCUAGCUAACAUCAGAUGUCUAGCCAGCAAAAUCAUUCCAGAGUGUCAUAUUCUGAAUAACCUGCGAUGACACCUGGUCCACUCUGCCUUAAUGCCACUGGUCUGACUUUCAGUAUGGAGUUACUCUGUCCAUAAUAAACUUAGUAUUUCAGAGGCUUUUCCAUACAAAAGUUCAAUUCAAGGCAAACACUGAAAUACAUUUUGGGCGUAUUAUAGUUCAGUUCCGAAGCUGAAUUUCAGCUACAAA